AUGAAGCCUUCCAUUGAGAAAAGCGCUCGACGCCUCUCGCUCAUUCAUGAAUUUUUGAAAGCGCUUUCAUUCACCGUCGCUGCACCGAAGACGUUUUCCACGUGCGGCCAUCCACGGCUCGAGGUUUCCCAGCCUUUCUGCGUAGGCAUCGAUCUCGCCGUGAAAUGUGCUCCUCCACGUGUGGGUAAAAAUAGCUUCCACGCCCUGCUGGAGUCGCGGGUCAGCCUGCCCCGGUACCCGCCCACCGCCCUGGACUACAAGCGCCAGCUCAAGGCGCACAACGAGCGCCAGUUCUUCCUGGAGCUCGUCAAGGAGAUCUCCAACGAGCUGGACCUGCGCGCCCUCAGCUACAAGAUCCUCAUCUUCGUCUGCCUCAUGGUGGACGCCGACCGGGGCUCCCUCUUCCUGGUGGAAGGCGGCGGCGGCGGCGGCAAGAAGAGCCUCGUCUCCAAGGUCUUCGACGUGCACGCCGGCACCCCUUGGCUGCCUUGCUCCAGCACGGCGAACGCCAACGAGGUGCAGGUGCCCUGGGGCAAGGGGAUCAUCGGCUACGUGGCCCAGCACGGCGAGAUCGUCAACAUCCCGGACGCCUACCAGGACCGUCGCUUUAAUGACGAGAUUGACAAACUGACAGGAUACAAGACCAAGUCAUUGCUUUGUAUGCCCAUAAGAAACAGCGACGGUGAGAUUAUUGGUGUUGCACAAGCGAUAAAUAAAACGACUGGAGGUGCACCAUUCACUGAUGAUGAUGAAAAAGUAAGAUUAUUUUCCGCUUUUUCUCCUUCCCUGGGUUGCAUGAGUAAAGUCAUUGAUGUAUAUUCUUUUGGACAUGUGUGCAGAAAUUAUAGAGUGUCUUAUAAAGAAAGCCAUUUCCUGUUAUUCUUGAUAAAAUAUUUUCUUUUAGUAAUGUUAAAGUAAUGGCAU